AUGGGGAUCUUUAUUGCGGUAAAGGCUGUCAAGAAGAAUACGGGCAAGUCUGCAGAAGGACAGCUUCCUCACAUGAGGUCUGACACCCCUGCAGAAGAUGCGACCCAGGCGAUGCCACCAAUCGUGCUCCAACCGUCAAGUACUGUGGCCCCAAUCAUGACGGACAGCAUUGCAACACCGGAGAGUGUUGUUCUUCAGACGGUUUAUGUGGCAUUUCCAUCGAGUUCUGCGGUGAGGGGUGUCAGCCGGCUUUUGGAACGUGCGUUCAACAGAGGUGUGGCGUAUCGAACGGCAACAAGUCCUGUCCAUUUCCUCAGUGUUGCUCUCAUGCGGAUUACUGUGUCAGGAAUCGGGGCCGAUUUCUGUUCUGUUCCUGGGAACUGCCAACAGGAAUUUGGCAUUUGCGAUUCUGACACCACUCCGGCAGGGUACAAUAUGUCAGUGGAUCCAAGAGGAGGAAGUGGCCGCAUCGCAUACGGACAGUACAUCAGCAACUGCUACGUUCCUGGAACUAUUGCCCUUACAUACGACGACGGCCCAUCACAGAACACCGAGGAAUUGCUGGAUAUUCUCGAUGAAGCUGGUGCAAAGGCAACCUUCUUCAUUACCGGGAACAGCAACGGCAAAGGCCCCAUAGACACGACGCACAAGUGGACCGAUGUGAUCCAGCGUAUGGUCAGGGAAGGGCACCAAGUUGGUUCUCAUACUUGGUCUCACGAGGACAUGGACGAAGUGGGAUCGCAAGCUCGCCGACUCGACAUGGCUAAAAACGAGAGGGCUCUCGCCAACAUCCUCGGCAAAUAUCCCGCGUACAUGCGGCCACCUUACCUCCUAUGUAGCAACGAGAGCGGUUGUCUGAGCGACAUGAGAGAUCUUGGAUAUCAUGUCAUUUCCUAUGCAUUUGACAGUGGGGACUGGAUGGAUCCCAACAACUUCACUGCAAUGACGGAGAGGGUUGAUCAGGCAUUCCAGAAGACAGACGAGCAAGAGGGCAGGAUGUUACUGAUCCAACACGAUACAAUCCGCACAUCAGCCAUCGAGCUCACAAAAUAUGUUCUGGACAUGAUCUCCCAGCGAGGGUGGAAAGCUGUCACGGUCGGAGAGUGUCUUGACGAUGAACCCGAACGCUGGUAUCGGGAUCCGGCUUGGAUCAGCGCUGGCUCCAGGUCGAGGGGAGGCUGUGUUGUUUCGGGCAGGAACUCCUGUGGCAAAGUACGGAGAUUUACCAACAAGGUUGAAUGCUUCAGAAGCAACGCCCAAUGUGAGAAUGAUGCAUUGGAAUGCAUGAACUCCAGGAGGACGGACAAGACGACCUGCGAGAAGCUGGAGAUGAUCUGCAGCAUGCAAUUCCUCUUCUGCUCAACCUGUGGAGAGGCAGAGCUCCCCUGCGAAACCGAGAACUUCUACGUCGACAGGGAAGCAUGA